AUGAAGCGAAAGGCCGCACCAGAACCUUCCAUUCUUCAGCCGAAGCGAACACCUCGCCAGGAUCCUGUCUCCUGUGAAUCAUGCAGGACAAAGAAAAUUAAAUGUGAUCGACAGCAACCCUGUGCGAGUUGUUCUCUUCGCAGAUUGACCUGCAGAUAUGAACGAUCUGGGGCUAUCGCGAGAGACAGCAGUACCCGAAAUACCCAGGCAUCAGGACAUGAUGGCUCUGUGCUCACCCAAAGCUCGCAAGACAAGCAUAUUCUCUCACCUACAAAGACUUUAGCCUCGAAGAAUAACAGGGAGUUGAUGCAAACAGCCGACUGGCUUGAAAAUAUUCACAUGGCGGCGAGGAUUCCAACGGCCACUCCAGACUGGCUGCGCGACGGGCUGCGUGAUUCUCGAAGGACUGGUAACUCAAUCUCAACUCCUGAAGCUGGUCCCUCCAUAUCCUCGCUCGCAUUUAUUUAUAAGGGCCAGUCUGCUUCCAAAGAAAACCCAGCAACGAUAAACCUGAAGACAUACCUCCCUGAUAGAGUCCAGGCAAUGACCCUGUUUCAAUACUAUGUCGACUACGUCGGGCCCUUGUACUAUAUUAUCAUUCCAAGUCGCGUCAAAUCCCAAAUCAGUGAUAUAUAUCACUCCGUUGAAGUUGGAUCACCGGUCAUUCUAGAUCAUCUGGCUUUACUCUUCAGCAUCAUGGCAAGCUCUCUUUAUCUGCAAUUGUCCCUAGAGACUUCUGCCGAUGCAGAGGCUUGCAGUCGCGAGUUCUCAUACCUGACUGGUGCGGCCCUGAUUCAGAGCAAUUAUACCGUGUCUCCCACGAUAGAAGGGCUGCAAGCGACCAUGAUUGUCAUGCACAAUCUCUACGCCUGGAAUAUACAACCAACCGUCAGCGGACUUUUCGCGCUGGGGUCAAUUAUUAGUCAGGCUAAAAUCCUGAUGCUCCAUUGCGUUGAUUCGCCCCGAAUCCGGGAGGAACGAGAAGCCAAAGGUCAUGACUGUUUAGAAGUAGAACUCAAAAGACGGCUAUGGUGGGACUUGGUAUCCUAUGACUGGCUCCUUGGCAAUCUAACUGGCCCUCAAGAAUGGACAUAUUCGAUCCACCAGGAUCAUAUGAAUGUUCAAGAACCUUCAAAUAUUGACGACGAGCUCAUAGAGAAGGAAGGUGCUGUAACUUCACUGCCCAGCUGCAUACCUACAGACAUGUCCUACGCGCUCCAGCGCCUUAAGCUGGCAGUUUUAUGCCGCGAAAUCAUUGACGCAACGUCAUACGAUCACCUUCAUGGUCUAGAGCUAGACUACAGCAAGAUCCUUGAGCUGGAUUGCAAGUUCCAUCAGCUGAUCUCAGAGAUCCCAGAAUUCUUCCGCCUCGAUCCGGGCUCCCAGCGCCGAUUUGAAUCAACAUACAAAGAGCGACCGGCCAUUGCAUGGCAGAGGUAUGUUCUGCAGCAAGGCUACUUCUCUCGGCUAUGCCGAUUGCACCGGCAUCACUUCAUCCGUGGCGCGCGUGACCCCGCAUUUGCGUGGUCUCAUAUCAUCGGCCUCCAAUCUGCUCGAAAAGUAAUCGAAAUCAGGAAGAUUCUAGACAAAGGCGACCUCGGCUAUAACCCGCCCGUCUCAGUGGUUUGGUCUGUCACUCACCAUGUGUUCAUGGCUGCCGUGAUUCUCUUGAUGGAUGCUUGCUUCAACUGGGAUGAUAUUCUGGCUGAAAGAAGGAAGGAGGAAGUGCUUGACGCCUGCCGCAUGCUAAGCAAGGCACACGAGUCGUCUUCACUGGUACGAGAAGGGAUAGACGCGAUGAUGCGCGUACUACGGAAACAUUGGAAGACCAGCAAUCAAUCAUUCGCCGCACAACAAGCCGAGGUCAAUUCAUCCGAUGCGCCGCUUGGACCUCGAAUAGUCAAGGAACAGCGCAUCAAUCCAAUCACGACGGGUAUUUACAAUACACCAUCCACGGCGAUCGACGGGCAUGAUGAUGAAACAAUAGGAACCGCUUCCAGAAGCUUGCCUAUUGAUAGGCAAUUUGAAGACAUUUGGUCAGAAAUGCUGGAAAGCGGUAACAAUCUAACGCUAGAGUCUGCGGACUGGACGGAUUUACUUGAUGAGCUGACGGAUACCAGCCUGCCUGGCAAUCGUCCUUUGGCUCUUGGCUGA